UAAAGCAUGAUUAUAAUGGUGUUGCUCCUCAAUGUAAGGAUUACAUUGUAAAAUUGAAAACAAUGGCGAUGAUAGGUCCAAGGUGACGACAAUUCUGACGGGAGGGGUCUGUUUGCUUCGAACAAAAUUUGAGUGCGCGCGGGAUAAAAAAGAAGUCAGACUGGCACACAAGUGUGUGGUUUGUUUGAAUCACCUUACAGUGGAACGAUGAUUACAGCAGAACACAGAUUAUCGGAACAAGGUCUCUCACGAAGAAGUCGACAAUCUUUGGCAUCUAUAGCUCAGGAUACAUUACCACCACCGGUGCGCUUUAAUUCCCUUCGCAUGCCCGAAGAACAACUGGCCAAGAUACAGAAUAAACGUUUAAAAGAGUUUUACAUGCAUCAGAAUGCGAUGAUUGAUCGUUUCAUGGAGGUCGAUCAAGUAUUGGAUUUCUUACAACGAGAGAUGGAUCCGAGAUCAUAUGGCACAACAUUGGCACCAUCUCAUCGGUCGUCUUCGCCUUCGUCAGCACCGAGUGGGAUGGUAACCGAUGAAGAAGAACAGAUUGAGACCAAUGGAGCGAGCGCCGAAAACGAGCCACUGAUAAGACCUCAACUGCGUUCCAAAAACACACCCAAGUGGAUUGUUCAAUUGGCUAUCAACUUGUCAUUUGUGGUCAAUAUUGUUAUGUUCGUAACAAAGCUUUUUCUCGCAUUUUAUUCCGGCUCCAUGUCUAUUCUCGCUUCCGCGUUUGAAAGCUUCCUGGAUGUCCUAAGCAACGCCAUCAUCUACUUUACCAUUCGCAUCAUUCGAAAAAAGGAUCAUUAUGCAUAUCCCGUCGGAAAGUCACGUAUGGAACCAUUGGGAAUUAUUGUAUUUGCGGUUAUCAUCACAACAUCUUUCUCUCAAGUGUUGAUCACUUCCAUUGAAAGAUUGACUGAUCCGUCCAAGGCCUCCGAGGAGCUGGAUCUCAGCCCAUUAGCAUUGGCGUUGUUGAUCAGCAAUAUCGUAUUAAAGGGAAUCUUGUGGAUUUGGUGUCUUACCAUUCGCGGAAGCUCAAGUGUACAAGCCUUGGCUCAAGAUCAUGGGAACGACGUGGUGUUUAAUAUUGCUAGCACCAUUUUCCCGGUCAUUGCUGUUUCGGCUGGAGCGCCAUGGCUCGAUCCAGUGGGAGCCAUUUUGCUAUCCAUUUAUAUUAUCCAAGAAUGGAUGGUUGUGCUUUUGGAAAACAUUCGACGGUUGACUGGUCAAGCAGCGAGUGUGGACGAUGUCAAGCAGCUUACCUAUAUGGCUUACCGAUUUUCAACCAAGAUUGAGGCAGUCGAUACGGUACGUGCCUAUUAUAUUGGCGACCGUCUACUAGUCGAGGUGGAUAUUGUCUUGCCUCCAGAAUGUCCAUUGCAAGAAGCUCACGAUAUUGGUGAAGCGUUGCAAAAUGCGCUGGAGAUGAUGGAAAAUGUGGAGCGAGCAUUUGUUCAUCUGGAUUACACUGCAGAGCAUGAAAUUGAGCAUCGCCGGGUCGUAGAGGGCGUAGGCUUCGGUCAUUAAAUGGGUUAUUAUUCUUUGUACACUGCAUAUAUAUCAUACAUUCUUGAUCAAACGGUAUCUGUUCUGCAUACCGUACUGACAACGAGCAAGACUUCAAUUGAUUCCCUUUUUUUAUUGACCAGCAGGGAUACCAUACCGAAUUUUUUUAAAUGCAUGAACCAGAUUACAAAAACUAAAAAUUUUCGCACUUGUCCGAUUUUGGUAUCGUGUGACACCCGACCCUUCUUUCGUUGCAUAGUGCCUAUUGAACUAGGCACUGUUAAACUAGUAGCUGCCAGCAAAUGAACAACUUGUGCAAACGAUACGAAAUAGCAAGAUUAUGCAAAAAAUUGGCGAUCAAAUAUCUGAUCAAAUGUGUGGAAUUAAUAAAGUCAGAAUGGAUGAUCAUCA